CAUCCCGUGAAUGUAACCGGCCAUCUUGUCGCGCCGAAGAGGAGAAGAGCAGUGGAUAUGGCUGACUACAGCAGCGUGGCUCCCCCUUCCUCUAACGCCGGUGGUGGAAUGAACGACGCUUUUAAAGACGCUCUACAGCGAGCACGACAGAUUGCAGCGAAGAUCGGUGGUGAUGGAGUUGCGGCACCCCCAACAAACGAGUUUGGCUACGGCGGCCAGAAAAGGCCCCUGGAGGACGCUGGUGGGUAUUUUCCCAUGCCUAACCUGAAUAUCGACCAACCAGAGACGAAGAAAGUGGCUACAAAUGACGCCUUUUCAGGAAUGGGAGGAAUGGGUGGUCCAAGGUCAAUAUCAGAGGAAUUCAAGGUUCCAGAUGGAAUGGUUGGAUUCAUUAUUGGAAGAGGAGGUGAACAAAUAUCACGUCUGCAGCAAGAGUCUGGAUGUAAGAUACAGAUUGCGCCUGACAGUGGAGGAAUGCCAGAUCGGUCGGUGACAUUAACAGGAGGACCAGAAUCCAUCCAGGCUGCAAAGCGGCUACUAACAGAGAUAGUUGAGAAGGGGCGCCCAGCUCCCGCUUUCAACCACAACGACGGCCCGGGAAUGACGGUCCAGGAGAUUAUGGUCCCUGCCUCUAAAGCCGGACUCGUCAUUGGGAAGGGAGGAGAAACUAUCAAAAGUCUUCAGGAAAGAGCGGGAGUGAAGAUGGUCAUGAUCCAAGACGGACCCCAAAACACAGGUGCAGACAAGCCACUCCGCAUUUCAGGAGAACCCUUUAAAGUUCAGCAAGCCAAAGAGAUGGUGAUGGAGCUGAUCAGAGAUCAAGGCUUCAGGGAGCAGAGGGGCGAGUAUGGUUCACGAGUUGGAGGAGGGGGAGGUGGUGGAGGAGGAGGAGACAGCUUGGAUGUUCCCGUCCCCCGGUUUGCAGUGGGAAUUGUGAUCGGCAGAAAUGGAGAGAUGAUCAAGAAAAUACAGAAUGACACAGGUGUCAGGAUUCAGUUUAAACCAGAUGAUGGCAGCACACCGGACAGGAUAGCACAGAUUAUGGGUCCCCCUGACCAGGCUCAGCAUGCAGCAGAAAUUAUAUCCGAUCUGCUGAGGAGUGUCCAGGCCGGCGGGCCUCCAGGGCAUGGUGGUGGCGGCGGCAGAGGUCGUGGUCGCGGGCAGGGGAACUGGAACAUGGGUCCCCCUGGUGGCCUGCAGGAGUUCACCUUCACUGUCCCAACCAUGAAGACUGGCCUCAUCAUUGGAAAAGGUGGGGAGACAAUCAAGGGCAUCAGCCAGCAGUCCGGAGCCAGGAUCGAGCUGCAAAGGAAUCCUCCACCCAAUGCUGAUCCCAACAUCAAAAUGUUCACAGUUCGGGGCUCCCCUCAGCAGAUCGACUACGCCAGGCAGCUGGUGGAAGAGAAAAUUGGGGGACCAGUCACUCCAAUGGGUGGCCCACACGGUCCACAUGGAGGUCCAGGCCCACAUGGUCCUCCUGGACCACCUGGACCCCCUGGGGCUCCCAUGGGUCCAUACAACCCUGGACCAUACAACCAGGGGCCUCCAGGACCCCAUGGUCCACCGGCGCCGUACCAGCCUCAGGGAUGGGGCAAUGGCUACCCACACUGGCAACAAGGACAACCUGAUCCAAAUAAAGCAGCAGCCGAUGCAAACGCAGCAGCGUGGGCAGCCUACUAUGCUCAGUACAGCCAGCAGCCGCAGGCUCCCAUGACCCCGACAAGUGGAGCUCCUGGCACGACUCAAACCAACGGCCAAGGUGACCCACAGGCUGCAGGUCAGAGUGGACAGGCAGAUUACUCCGAGGCCUGGGAGGAAUAUUACAAGAAAAUGGGUCAACAGAGUCAACAACCUCAGGACUACACAAAAGCCUGGGAGGAAUAUUACAAGAAACAAGGCGCGGCCCCCCCCACAACCACCCCGGGGGGGGCGCCCCCCGGCGCGGGGCCCCCCCGGGGGGGGGGGGGGGGGGGUACUACUCGCCAGCAGGCCGCUUACUACGGCACAGCCAACCCUCAGACGAUGGGUGCAGCACCACAAGCCCCUCAGGUACACCCCCGAUAAGAAUCUGCCCGCCACAUCCACUGAAUACUCAAUUAUUUUGUGCCCUAAUAGCCUUCCUUCCUCAGGUUUUACAGGGCUCCGGUGGCUGCAGCAGUUUACACACUUAACCAAAAAAUUUCCUCCCUAAACAGGUUUUAAUUUUUUAUUUUGGGAAGCUGAGUCCACUGUUUCUGUUGUUAACAUGCAAUGUAUCUUCUAUGUAUUUCUUCUGCACAGGGCCAGUAAUGUGAAGUGGACAUAAAGUAAAUGCUACAUUGUCGAAACAAAAUCCUUUGUUUAAUGUUUGGAUGCAGACGCCUUGAUGAAGAUCUUAAAUUUCCUUGGUUUGAAAGUGUUUCACAUAGAUGGCAGAUUACCCUGCGAACACGUCCUCCUUUUUUUUUUUCAUUUUUUUUUUUCAUUUUUCUUGUAAAUGCUUUGUUUUUAGUGAGGUAAUUAUACAUAUGGUCAUUCCAGCCCUGUAUCUACAUUAAAUGUGGUUAGAACUCAUGUUUAUUAAACUGUAGACAUUACCAUGUAAAUCAUCUCAGUUUUAAAAUGCUAUUGCCUGUUGUGUUUUUGCAAUAAAACAAACUGAAACCUCCUUUGUUGGUAAGUUGGGGUGGUUUUAAACCAAAAGGGUUAAGAGGAAUAUCUGUAUGUUUUUAUUUUACGGGGGGGGGGGGGUUGAAACGCAGGCCAUGUUCAAUUGUCCAAAAUGGUUGACUCAAAAGUUGUGCUGUCCUGUCUCUCUCCAACUGUCUAUAAGGCUCUUAGAUACAUUAUGUGCGUGCAAUGAUCCUGAGUGGUUCAGACCAACAAACGUCCUUGUUGAUAGACCUUUUUUUACACGUGUGUUUCCUGACUUUGCUCUGACUUUAGCAGUAGACGGAUGUUUGUCAUAAGAAAGUCGACAGGUAUCUAUCAUGCAUUAACUGCGUUGCUGUGGCACUCCUUUUUUUUUUUUUUAAAAUUUUUGCCUGGUUUGCUGACAUUGUUGAGGUAGUAUGCUCUGUAUUUUGCCUUGAUAUAGACACUUCCUCCUCCACAGGAAAGUUUAGUAAAGCGGUAAGCAAGUGUUCUUCCUUAACAUGUUCCUCCGAAAACGUGGUUGCAAGAAAUGUUGCAUUUUUAGUGUUAUAUAUUUUGUGGUGUUCUUCUUCCAGGACAGUCAGGUAAAUUGCCACUGUAUCGAAAAUGCUUUGAAACGUUUGUCUUGCCCAUUUCAAAUUGCGAACUAACUCACAUGUAUAAAUUUGUUUUUUUUAAAAGAAUGUUUUUUUAAUAUAAAAACAUUGCAAAAUCGCCAUUGCUGUCCCCAUUCUGUUAGUGUUUAUCGAAUAUAAGAACAUAGAUGUUGUAGGGUCGGGGGUGGCUAAGCAGUCUUCAUCCAUCAGUUGAGCCCUCCUAUACUGUAAGUACAAAACUGUGACUGACUGAGAGAAACGCCUUAUUUGAUGCUUUACAAACUGCCAAAGAUGUAGUAUUUUUUUGUCAAAUAUUGCCAUUUCCCUAUGUCUCUGGGUAAGUAUGAAAUGUUCUGAGGAGAGGAAUAGUACUUUAGAAUAUUGUACCACAUAUUUCUGAGACUUAUUUCCCUUUGUGACUACUACAUUCAGACUUUGAAUCUUAACAAUAUGUUGAUACUUGUUAGAUUGUUAGACUAUUUGUGUAGGUAGCAUUUCAUUGCCAGUUGGAUUUCUGAACUGCGUUUGAAUGUCAGCACUCUGUUACACUGUUGGUAGGAACUGUUUAAGGAUGCCCAUGUGGUUUAUUUUUUUUGCGUUUUGAAUACCUGAACUGCUAAGUGCCAUUGUCUAGUUGAGACUGUCAUAUUUUUAAAUGCCAUUUAUUGCAUCAUAUUGCUUUCAAAAGUCCUACUGCAUAACUCCAGUGUAGCAUGCUUAGGUUUCUUCUGCUGUUAUUACUUUUAAUGUCCUAUAUGAGCAUGUGGAAUGCUAGUAGUGGAAGUGCUUCUGAAUAGCCCAGUAUUAUGACCUUUUCUGAAUGAGCACUGUUGUGAAAGGCUGUUAAUUUUAAGCAUUGUUCACUGAUGGCAAACAGUGCAAUAUAUCUGAUCUUUGCAGUGUCGUCCCAGACCUUGCACCUUAGGUUCUGCUGCAAUAACACAGGUAAGCGAAACCUAAGGAAACCAGUGUUUUUGUCCAGUGACAUGACCAAUUUACAUGCAAAGAAAUGCUUACCUGUGUCUUUAACAUGCCUCAAUGCAUUUUAUGCUUAGUCGUAAAGAAAUGUCCAGGAUAUAUCUAAGUAUGAACAGCCCUUUGAGAUCUGCUUUCAUGAAUGAACUGCAUGACAUGAGCUGUAUGACUUGUUACAUGAAGUUUGACUUUUCAAAAAGUGACUUUACCCAGAAAAAGUAGUUGCAUAGGCUCACUAAGGAAAUGUCAUUGUCGUAUGUGCUUAAUAUUUGAUGAUAGCCUUAUCUUUGCAUCCUGGUAAGUCUGAUGGCGACUGUGUAUCGAUGCUUUAGACAACUUUGAUACUGGUAUAUCAAAACUGCAUGCCAUUACAACCUGUUGCCAGAAGUUAGCAAUGUGCUCAACCGCUAGAUCAAGAAACGGUGAAAUACAUAUAUAAUUUUUUUUUUCUGUCGUGGUGUGAAUCUGCCCUCAAGUGCAGUGCAAAUCUACUAUUGAAACUUCACUUCUCGCUCACAGUGUUGGAGGACGCUGCAAGCUUAGGUCAUAGAAUCAGGCCCUGUCGUAGUUUGUCCCCAAAAGGAGGAAUCCUUUGAGUCAAUCCCCACUGCUGAACGUAGACCGUUCAAGAGCUCCAGUGAUAAGGUAAAACAGCAACGCAAUGAAAUUUAAAUUCUGUGAUUGCAAAGUGUUGGUCAGAUACAUGUUUUUCAGCUCGGAUCGACUGUUUUUAUAACCAUGAUGCCAUAGUGUAUUUAGAGUUGUCUGAUGGUUUAUUUUUGUCGCUUGAAUGCAUUCAUUAGUAACCUUUAGUCAGUAGGAAUGUGCUUUAGAAAGUUGGAUGAGGACAGGAAGUGAUGUACUUUAAAUGACUUGCACAGUUUUAUUGGCAGUAAAAUUUGGGGGUUAUUUUUUUUAAAUCACUUUUCUCUGUAGUUAAAGGGUCACUGUUUCUGUUCAUCUGUACAUGUGAGAUGCUCAGUGUUUCAACACAGAGUUCGUGGGGGUGUAGAAGACAAAACAAGGAGCAUGCAUUAGAGGUAAAAAAAAAAAAUAAAAAAAGUUUCAUGUGUUGUGUAUAUUAUCAAAUAUAUUGUUUUUUUGAAUUAACUGUUCUGACUUUUGAAAUGUUGACAUGUUCAUUAAUAAAGUUGUAACAAAUUAA